AUGUCAAAUAUUAAAGAGUUAGCUCAAAAACAAACCGAUGAACCUACCUAUGUAUGGCAGAUAAAAGAUUUUCAAGAUCUUUAUCAAAGUAUGAACAAAGGAAAAUAUAUCAUGAGCGAUAGAUUUAGUUCACCACAACCAGUUUACAUUGAACCAAGAACUGGAAUCAAAAAACCAAUGCAUACGUGGCGUUUAAAAUUUUAUCCUCAUGGAAAAAAUUCCGUUAAUGAAUGUUUAUCAAUCUAUCUUAAAGCAUUCCCAUCAGAGUGUGAAAAAUCCCAGUCCACAUUAUCAAGACUGAUUAGAUAUCGAAUUGAUUUAUUUCGAAUUAAUUCGAUGGAAUCUUUAGCGCCUGAACGAAUAACAAAACUUGGAAGUGCAGUAUCAAAAGAAACAAUAUUUAAUCUUUCAACAUGUGAUUCUCAUGGUAGGAGAAAUAUUUGUGGAAUUAAGGAUAUUUUUAAUGAAACAAAUUCGACUACUACAUCGACAGAAUUAGUAAUUACUGUACAUAUAUUUUAUGAUAAUCAAAUGACUACUCCUCCUCCACAACCAUUCUUAACAUCAUUUGAGAAUUAUUUUGGAAAUGAUCUUUAUAACGACAUUGAAUUCGAAUUUGAUUGUGGUCGAAAAAUUCGAGCUGGUCGUAUAGUAUUAGCAUCUCGAUCAGAAUAUUUUGAAAAAUUAUUUGGAGGCGAAUGGCAAGAAUCAACAGCUUCUUCGAUUCAGUUAAAAAAUACAAAGUUUGAAUCUUUUCAUGCGGUACUGUAUUAUCUUUAUACGGAUAGAUUGGAAGAAGGCUUAUCAUUGGAAAUCCUUAAAAAUCUUUACUUAGAGACAGAUAUGCGUAGAAUUGAAAAGUUACAGCAAAUGGUGAUCAAGAGAUUUUCGGAAAUUUUGAGUAUUGCGAAUAUGGAUGAAAUUUUGAUUUAUAGUUUGGAGAUUGAGAAUGAAUAUUUAAAAAAGAUGGUAUUGCAAUUUCUUAAAAAUAAUUGGGAUGAUGUUAAACAUACCGAUCAAAUGAGAAGAAUGCUGAAAUUAGAGAACAUUGAUUGG